AUGGAUAACGGCAGCUUGGAAUUGUUCGAAAAGGCUAACACAUCUCUUCAGAUUGAACUUCAAUCCUGUACUACAUUUAGGAACCAGGCUUCUCGCAUUUUUCUGUAUGCCUUCCUCUCUGUUGGCAUUGUGUGCACAGUGGUGGGAAACUUUCUGGUGGUCUUGUCCAUUGCCUACUUCAAGCAGUUGCAGUCCCCCACAAACUCCUUCGUCAUGUCCCUGGCAGUGGCUGACUGCCUUGUUGGCCUGGUAGUGAUGCCUUAUAGUAUGAUUCGGACGGUGGAGGGAUGCUGGUACUUUGGUGUCCUUUUUUGUAAGCUUCACUCUAGCCUUGAUGUCAUGCUCUGCAUUGCCUCUAUAUUCCAUCUCAGCUGCAUUGCAUAUGACCGCUACUACGCUGUCUGCAACCCGCUAGUUUACUCUUUAAAAAUGUCCAACAGUCGAGUAGCUCUCCUUAUUUGUGUAUGUUGGGCUGUUCCCAUGCUCAUCUCCUUUUGCCCCAUAAUGCUAGAUCUUCAUGUGGCAGGUGUGGACAUCCUGAUCCCUGAAGAUUUAUGCGUGUUCCUGGUCAAUCGCAUUUAUGCUGUCAUGGCUUCCUUGGUAGCCUUUUACUUGCCAAUGGCUAUCAUGCUAAUCGCUUAUUGGAAGAUCUUCAAAGCUGCCAAGCCCCCAGGCAGUCGGCAGGCCAGGCAGAUCAGCGCCAUGGAAAGCCAAAUGGCUUCUGGAGUUGGAAAGGAUUCAAGCAAGAUAAAAAGACACAGAAACACUAUGAAGAGGGAAAGAAAGGUAGCAAAAACAUUGGGUAUCAUCAUGGGAGUAUUCCUAAUCUUCUGGAUGCCCUUCUUUACAGUCAUCAUUGUGGACCCUUUUAUUGAAUACAGCACAGAGGUGGUUGUCUGGGAUAUAUUUGUGUGGCUAGGAUAUAUCAACUCCUCUUUAAAUCCCUUCCUAUAUGGUUUCUUCAACCGUUCCUUCCGUAGGGCAUUCCUCAUGUUCAUUGGCUGCAGGGUAUGCCUGCCUGGAUACUCCCCUUGGAUGGAUCUGUCACACACUAGGAAAGACCCAAAUGAACGUGCAGAUCAACAAUGA